CAAAUAACUCAUCCUAGAUGUUCAGCGAGCAGAUAGCAGUUGUAGAUUUAUGGGCGCCGAUUGGAAAUUCAGUGCUAAGUGGAGUCAAUUAAAGUGUCGACAGUCAGUGGGCUUAGACCCGCAAAUAGUGUGACAACCAAGUGCUUCGACAGCAGAGCAAGCAGUGGUGUUUCCCUUGCAAAACCACACAUCACCGAUUGAUAAUUGGAUGGAAAUAAGAGAAAACACCGAACAGAACAAAGAUGAUGCAUUCCAGGAAAUCAUAGUCAGCUGCCGGUCGCUCAGCAAGUACGAAACCAACAUCCGCUCUGCCUUCCCGCAAAUCUUCUCGGCCAUCAUAGCGGCAGCGUUCCACAUCGUGAUCGGCAUUUCGUUGGCCUACUCGGCGAUCUUGAUUCCACAGCUCGAGGACCCGAACAGUGACGUGGUGGUCACCAAAACACAGUCCUCAUGGAUCGCGUCCAUCAUUGUCAUCAUGGUACCCAUUGGGUCGUUGUUCGCAGGGGUACUGAUGGAGUUCCUUGGUCGGCUGAACACCAUCAAGCUGGCGGCUAUACCGUGCAUACUGGGGUGGAUCGCGAUCGCGUGCGCCAAUAGCUUCACCUGGAUCAUGGUGGGCCGGGUGCUGACCGGCUUUGCCUGUGCCAUUGGUACCAGUCCGGCGAUCGUUUACAUCACGGAGGUAUCGCGGCCGGACAUGCGAGGAUCGUUGAUCUCCUCUGGGCCGACCAUUGCUUCCCUGGGCAUGGUGAUUGCGUACACGAAGGGUGCUUUCCUAAAUUGGCGCUUGGUCGCAUGGAUCAACAUAGCUUACACAGUAAUUCCUGUAGUGCUUAUCCAACUAUUGGUACCUGAAUCUCCCGUUUGGCUGGUUUCCAAGGGACGCAUCGAGGAUGCCGCUCGAUCGCUUAAAUUUCUGUACAAAAAGUAUCCUCAACCGGACCAUACGGAUCAACCGUUGUCCGAGAUGCACCUGAAUGCCCUGAUCAAGGAACGAGAAUCGAAAAUCCGCGAAGCGGAGAAAAACCUUGAAGCAAACCAAUCAAAAUUCCGAGGCUUCCUGAAACCCACCGGAUACAAACCGAUGAUCAUCCUGUUCUGGUUCUUCCUCAUCCAGCAGUUCAGUGGGAUCUACAUCACGCUGUUUUUCGCCGUUACCUUUAUGCAGGACGUCGGUACCGAGGUCAACGCUUAUAUGGCAUCGAUCUUCGUAGGUCUGACACGGUUCAUGAUGUCCCUUUUGAACGCAUGGCUGUUGAAGAAGUUUUCCCGCCGGCCGUUGGUGAUGGUGUCCACCACGGGAAUGGCCAUUUGUAUGUUCGUGUCCGGGCUGUUUACCAUGUGGAUCAAAGAGGGAACCACUACGUUGACCUGGAUUCCGGUGGUUUGUUUGUUGCUGUAUGUGUGUGCUUCUAUGAUCGGACUGUUGACAAUCCCCUGGACUAUGACGGCAGAGCUGUUUCCCACGGAGAUUCGAGGAAUUGGUCAUUCCCUGUCGUACUCGAUGGCAAAUUUGCUGAUGUUCUUUGCGGUGCAAAGUUACAGAUCAAUGACCGACAUCCUGGGCGGUGCCCACGCGGUCCAAUGGCUGUUCGCCGCCGUAUCGGUCGUGGGCUUCCUGUUCGCACUGAUCUUCCUGCCGGAAACGCACGGCAAAAGCUUGGCACAAAUCGAGGCGUACUUCGCCGGAGACAAGAAGCGUAAUCCGCAGCUUACCGCCACGAUACAGCAGAGCAAUAUGGGUCACCGCCGAGCAACGGAGCACCUGAUCAAGAGUCCCAGCUCGCACUCGUUCAAACUGAAGGAAGCCGAAGUGUUGCUUAUGAAGCACAAAGAAGCGGUCUAAAGAGCGUAGGAUACUUGGAUAUAGGACAUAGGUUAAAUCUUAAACAGAGACGUAUAUUUAUCUCACCGCUACUUAUUUUAAUGUCAGAAAUUUUACGCAUGCAUGUGUGACGGAUAAGUGUACUUAAGAGAUGACGACGUAAAAAUCGCGAAUUUUCAUAUUUCUUCAAAUCACGCCCGUGAUUGCAACAACAAACAAACAAACAAGUAUUACAACCUAACGAAAAUGAACACCGACGAUGGUUUAUUUAUUUUACUGUACCCGAUAGGAGCACCAGAUUUUCUAGAUGCUAGAAUAUCGCUGUUAUAGGUAGUUAUUAACGAAAUAUCAGAGAGCUUCGUGACUUAACACUGAUGAAGGGUCUGACAUUCAAUUUUAAGCACUGAUUUACAAUUUUAGCACGACGAAGAGAUCAGUUUUUCGUGAUUUAUUGAUUUUACCAAUUGUGAUAUGAUUUCCGUAAUGCCUUAUUGUUCGUUGUAGUCAAAGAUCAAACAAACGAUCCAUUGAAUUGAGACACAAAGUAGUACUUAAAGUGCCCGAAAUAAUACUUUGAAAAUCAAAUUGAACACUGCACGUUCCAGAAGAGAAUACCUAGCGCUUAACGAUAAAAAGAUGAUGCUUUUGAGUGCUAUAAAGAUAGAAACGCUAAUGGUACAAUAAAGUUUAAGUAGAACAACA